AUGGCCACCACAACGAGCUUCACAUCCCUCUCCCUACCAGCACCCGACGACACCAUGGAGAUGUCCUCACCCGCCCGCCAACCCCUCGAUGAUGAAGAUAUUGACAUAGAUUUCGACGACUACCAGCCCCCUGCAGAUACCAACGACGAUGAGCGCAUGCUCGAAGAUGAUCCUACCCGCCCCGCCACGGCCAACGAUGAAGUGAUGGACGAUGACGUGCAGCAGGCCACUGACGCCAGACAGGCACAAGAAGAGCUGAUGCAAGACGAUGCCACCCAGAUGUACCAGCAAUUAGCGCCAGAAGAUGAGGAAUUGAUCGACUACAGCGAGGAUGAAGAUCUCCAAGACACAGCAGUAGAAGAUGCUGAGAUUCCUAACGCGACAAAGGCUUCAGAACCCACAGCAGAUGCCGAACAAGAAGACGUAGAUGAGGAGAUUGAGCGUUUGACUGAGGCUGAUGCCGGGGAAGAGCAACCGCAAGCUCUUGUACCCGCACAUGAGGCUGGCAGCGAAGCCGCGCAGACUAUAGACUUACCUCCAGAUGAGGCCUCGGCAGCACCCCUUGAAGCAAGUGCGGAAGCAGUUGUUGAACCUGAUACAUCCGCUUUUACCUCAGGCGGACAGCAGGAUGCAUCUUAUGAUGAGUCUGCCGAUUUCGCGGUUGGCGCUCAUGACGAAGAGCAACCCAUCACAGUCAACACCACCUUCGAAGCACCAGCAGAUGGACCAGCUACACCCACGGAUACUGGACUUCACCCAAUGACCCUCCAAUACGGUGAUCUUCACGUUCCACUUUUCAAGUCCCGCAAGCAGCUCGAUGGCCUCCUGAAAGAUGACAACCUGGCCAAUGUUAGCUUGGCAGAUCUCAUGCGAAGCUGCAGACAGCGUCUACCCCUCAAGACUGACGAAGCCAUCACUGAUGACCAAGAUCUUGUGCUUGGUUUUGACCAAUUAGCCUUGAUGCUCGUAGAGGAUUCGAGAGCGGCGUCCUCGACCAGUCUCGACGAGGUUCUGCAAGUGUAUCUCCAACUUCACCACAACGAUGGAGUGGAAGAAGUCGCACCGCUCUCUCUCGUUCUGUCUACCCAACUCAAGUUCACAAGCAGCCUCUCAAUGUUCAAGCAGGCCGUUGCCGGCGGACAAGGAAUGUCCAGCUUCAACUUCCUCCAAGCGAUUGGCGAUGGCGACCAUCGCAACGACCAGUGUGUCUACGAAGGCAAUGAGGACUGGACAGGCCUCGACCACCAGGAGCAUGGAGACGAGGCCGAGCGAGCAUUUGAUGGAACCACGCAUUUUGAGCAGGAAAAUGCUGCAGAACAAGAUGAGGAGCAAGUCGGCGAAGAACAGCAUUAUCAGGACGCAGACCAGGAGUACUACUUCGGCGAAGAAGGCGACUACCUCGCUGGGGAUCAGAGUGAGGCAGCUGACGCUUUGGAUGGACUUGCUGGUGAUUCAACCAAUGAGCAAUACCAUACCGAAGACGGGCUGCAAGGACUGCAGCAAUACGAGGACCAUGAGGUACCAGGUGAAGAAGAGCCUGAAGCAGUUAAUCUCGAGCAUCCCGGGUCAUCAGCAAGCUCAGCGACUAUAGAAGGCGACUGGCAGGCAGCAGACAUCACAGCCGGUGAGUACGACGAGGAGGAGCUCAUUGAUUGGGAUGACGAAUGUCUGACUUCAGACGGUUCAGAACCGACAGAUGUUGGCACGGGCGAGGACUUCACUGAAAUUGUGGACAAUACAUAUGAUUCAGUUGAAGCCAAGACCGAGCAAGACAACGAGCAGCUGUUCAGCUCUGAAGACUGGCUGAACGAAUUCGAGGAGCCGCAAGAUCCAAAUGAGGCUGCUGAAGAAGGCCAGCAGGGCUUUCAACACGCUGGCUAUGAAGAUGGCCACGAGCCACAGGCCGAUCAAGAUGAUCAAACUAACCAUGAAACCACUCUACAGCGCGACCACCACGAAGAGGCUGGCUACAGUGCCGAUGACCAGCAUCCUGCCGAUGACCAAAUCGGCGGAGGAGAGUACGAAGCAUACAGUGCCAUUCACGAAGGUCUUGAUGAACAAGGCACCUACGAGCACGGUGCGGAGCACAUUGACUUCUUUGAAGACACCGGAGACCAUCAGGAUGACGAAGAGGAAUUCGACGACACUGUCCUGAUCCACCGUCAGGACGAAGGCGACCAGGAAGACAUCCAUCAGGAAGGCAACAACCAGCAGGACGACAACCAGGAAGGAGACAACCAAGGACCGCAGGAGGAUGGUCUCGAAGACCUCGGUUUCGACGAUGACGAGCUUGUAGAGCAGGAAUACGAUGCUGGCAAGCCUGCCACCAACGGUACCGCUGCCAUCAAGCCAUCUGGCGCCUCGCCGCUUGGGAAGCGAUCUUUUGAUGAGUUUGACGACCUCGAAGACGACAACAUCGAGCUGCCAGAGGUCAAGAAGGUCAGGUCUUCGUGA